AUGCGUCCUCCUCGGGCAAUGUGGAAUACCACAUUCGCAGCAGGUGCCGCGAAGGAAAGCCAAAGCGAUUCAGGAGGGUCUGAGAUCUUGUCCAGCUGGGUUAUGCCGUGCUUGGUCCGUAACUGUCAGGUUGCCACCUCUCGAUUUUCCAGAGCUUCCAAUACUGAUAGCCGAUGGAGACGAUCACGUCGUGAUUCCGGAAUCCAGGGCAAGCAAUCUUCCUGCCGUCAUUCAAAUCGAUCGAGAGUGUCGUCAGGCAAGGGCGUCGGAGCUGGAGAAGAUGCGGGGAGAGCUCGCCAUGGAGCUGGAGGUUGUGCAGAAGGAGCGUGCCGAUGCGGCAUCAGAGCUGCGACAAAGCUGCGUGGCGGAGGCAGAGGCCGUUGA